AUGGCAACCGCUAAGACGCCCGAUAUCAAGACCUCGGAGGCGAUAGGAGACUCUGGUUCUAGUAGCGUUGAUGAUGGGUUUCAUCACGCCCGCAGAGGAGAAAUAAUCGACGAUGUAUCUGGUAGUGAAAUUAUUAAUGGAUACGAAGCGGAGCGUAUGCGAGCGAGAACGGCUUUGACGGCGGACGAAGAGAGAAAGCUGAUUCGACGUAUCGACUGGCACCUCAUGCCGUUAUGUUCACUUAUUUUCAUGUUCAAGAAUCUGGAUUCCGAUAAUAUCUCGAAUGCUCGUAUUAUGAAUAAAGGAACUUCUCAAAAUAUCAUGACACAGUUGGCAUUAACAUCUGAUGAAUAUGCCUUGGUUACUGUUCUUUAUUAUAUACCGUAUAUCGUGGGAGAGGCGCCUUCUAACCUGCUUCUUAAGAAAUUCUCUCCUUCGCAUUGGCAAGCAAGGAUUAUGGUUACUUGGGGGAUAAUGUUAGCGUGCAAUGUUGCAGUCAAGAAUAAGGAGGGAUUAUAUGUUACGAGAUUUCUUCUCGGGCUCGCCGAAGCUGGAAUGUUUCCGGGAAUUAUCCUACAAAUGACAUAUUGGUACCGACCGGAUGAGAUGUCUCUAAGGCUUCUCUACUUUUAUAUAUGGGGAAAUCUCAGUGGGAUAUUUAGUGGCAUACUCGCAUUCGCUUUCGACUAUGCUUCAGGGGCAGGAGGUUUGUCUGGAUGGCAAUGGUUAUUUCUUACCGAGGCAAUAGCGACGAUCCUCUUCGGAGUCGCCAUUUGGUUUCUAUUACCGGAUUUUCCUCAGACAUCAUCCUGGCUUACGGAUAAGGAGAAAGCAUUCAUCCAAGCACGCCUGCCCUCAAACGCACCAAGAGCCGCAGAACAGGACUUUAAACUGAGCGAGAUUAUCUCGUCAUUGAAAGAUAAGAGGUUAUGGCUCUUCACUUUUAUAUGGGCAUUCUUCACAGUCGGCACUUCUGGCGUACGCUUCUAUCAACCAACGGUCAUCGCGGACCUUGGCUUCACAACGAUCGCACAGGCACAACUCCUCAACCUCCCCAUCACCAUCCUCGGGCUCAUCGUGAUCGGCGUGACCGGCGUAUUCGCCGACAACGGGCGCGUACCGCGGCCCGUAUUCCCGCUCGUCUUCUUGACCAUUAUCCUGGCGUGCUACGGCGUCAUGGUAGCGUACCCGAGCAACGCGGCCGUGUACGCGGCGACGAUGAUCGGCAACGCCGUGACGGCGGCUUGGUUCCCGAUGAUGUGGCCGUGGCGCGUGCAGACGACGAGCCGGGCGACCGGGUCCGCCUUCUCGAUCGGCUUCGUGAAUAGCUACGGGCAGAUCGGCGGCGCCAUCGGCCCCCAGAUCUUCCGGUCCGCGUACGCGCCCCGCUACCAGGUCUCGUUCGCCGCCGCCAUGGUGCUCGUCGGCUGCUGCAUGGCGACCACCCUGGUCACCUGGUGGGUCACCCGCCGGACCGAGCGGGACACGCGGAGGCUCAAGCUCGCGAGGAUCGCGGCGGCGAAAAGGGACGAUGCGAUUUUGGAUGAUGUGGUGGAUAAUGACUUGAGGAAGAAGGCUGACGGUCCCGCGGAGGUUUGAUUUUCCCUUGGAAAAUGAGAUAGAAGCCCGGAAUGUGUCCCUGGUUAAUAGGUGUUGAUUGCAACCCUUAGGAUCGUGACUAGAAGAUAAAAGGAUCGGCUCAACCAAGAAAUAGAAGAAUCUAAAAUCGAGAUAUCCCCUUCGAAAUCCCACCUUUUUUACUAAUCUCGUUAAAGCAGAUGCUAAGCUAGAGUGUAUUCUUUAGGCUUCGUCGGAACUUCUGGAUGUAGUCGUAAGGCCCUAUGUUAGUCAAAA